CUACACAAAGCCAAAAAAACCACCCCACUCCCUAAAACAAAGAAAUUUACAAACAAGGACACUCAUGUGCUUCUUCUCCUCCUCCUCGCCCUUGUUCUUCUUGUGCUCAAAGGAGGAGAAGGUGCUGGGCAUGGAGAAGGCGCCCGGGAGCUGUCCGUACUGCGGCGGUGCGGUGUCAGCCACCGACGUGGAGCGAUCGUAUCGCCUCUUCUGCCUCCCCCUCUGCAUCGUCACGAAGCGCAAGUACGCGUGCGCCGCGUGCUCUCGGCGUUUGGUUACAUAUCCUUAGCUCCACUUUUGAGUUGAGUGAUCUCCCUCUUUGGUGCAAUGGUGCAAUGGUGCGAUGGUGCAAUGGUUUCUUCUUUUAAGGUGGUUUGAUGCAAAACCUGGUACAUGUUAUGGCAUGGGGUUGAGGUGUGAAAUGAUCAAAAGAUGGGGGGUUCAAGUGCUAAUGUGAUUGUGGUAAAUAAUUAAUGUGAUAAUUACUCUGUUAAGGUAUCCUAAAUAUGCAUGGUUUGGAAUAACAGUGCACAUGUUCUAGAGCAUUCAUCAUAGAAAAAUUCUGCACAUUGUAUGAUCGAGUUAGUUCGGAAA